AUGAUUGCCGCCGGCGCUAAAUCGUUUCUAGGUCUUCCGAUUUCAUCUCACAAAGGGAUUUCCGAUAGCAAUUCGAGAUCUUCUGGUGUUCUUCGUGCUUGUGUUUCCAUGGAAGGAUCUCAGACGAUGAGUCAUAACAAAAAUGGGUCUAUUCCUGAGCUUAAAUCGAGUAAUGGUCACAUAGGACAAAAACAAGGUCCAUUGUCUACGGUCGGAAACUCAACGAACAUAAAGUGGCAUGAAUGUCCCGUUGAGAAAGUUGAUAGACAAAGAUUGCUUGAUCAGAAAGGAUGUGUGAUUUGGGUCACCGGUCUUAGUGGCUCAGGGAAGAGCACAUUGGCUUGUGCUUUGAAUCAGAAGUUGUAUCAAAAGGGGAAGCUUUGUUAUAUUCUUGAUGGUGAUAAUGUAAGGCACGGCUUAAACCGUGAUCUUAGCUUUAAAGCAGAAGACCGUGCAGAGAACAUUCGUAGAGUCGGAGAGGUUGCUAAGCUUUUUGCUGAUGCUGGAAUCAUAUGCAUUGCUAGUUUGAUAUCUCCAUACAGAGUAGACAGAGAUACUUGUCGAAGUUUGCUUCCUGCAGGAGAUUUUGUUGAGGUGUUCAUGGAUGUACCACUUGAAGUUUGUGAGGCUAGAGAUCCAAAGGGUCUAUACAAGCUUGCUCGUGCAGGAAAGAUCAAAGGUUUUACCGGGAUUGAUGACCCUUACGAGCCACCAUUGAAUUGUGAGAUUGCUCUAGGACACGAAGAAAAAGGAACAUCUCCUAUUGAAAUGGCUGAAACAGUCGUUGCAUACUUAGAACACAAGGGUUAUCUUCAGGCAUAA